GGGACACAAACAAAGUGCCCCCAAACAGGCUGGAGUGAAACGAGCGGCUACGGCGGCGCCGGCCCGCACGCGCGCUGCGGCGGCUCCCUCCCAGCCUCCCCUCCUCUCCCCUCAGUCCCUUUCCCCUUCCCCACCCCGCCCCGCCGGGCCAGCGCGAACCGUCGCCCGCUCUCGGCAAACCGCCCCCAACGGCCGCCCGCGCGCAGCGGGCUGGGCCCCUCGCUCCUCCCCUCAGGCCCACGGGCGCCGGGUGCUCUCCUCCUCGCGCCUCUCACUCUCGCACCUCGCGGGCACGCGGGUGAGCGGCGCCGCCAUGCGCGCCCAGUCCCAGGCUGCACACUGGCCUAGGCGCGGCGGCCCGAGAUAGGGUCCCUUGAGCCUCCCGGGGGAGGAGAGGAGCCAGCCGCGCGCUCCGCCCCCUCCCCCCGGGUUGCCGCCGCCGCCGCCACCACCGCCACCGCCACCUCGCCGCCCCAGCCUGGCGGGGAAGAGGAGGAGCAGUUGCAGGCCUCCGGGGGCCCCCGCACAGCCGCCCGCAGGAUAAUUCUGAUUCAUUGCAUCCUUGAAGAGCAUCAAUAGAAGAGGGGAAAAAAAGAUGGGUGUGAAAACAUUUACUCACAGCUCCUCUUCCCACAGCCAGGAAAUGCUGGGAAAACUAAAUAUGCUACGAAAUGAUGGACAUUUUUGUGAUAUCACUAUUCGUGUCCAGGACAAAAUCUUCCGGGCUCACAAGGUGGUACUAGCCGCUUGCAGUGAUUUCUUUCGAACCAAACUUGUGGGCCAAACAGAGGAUGAGAACAAAAAUGUGUUGGAUCUGCAUCAUGUUACAGUGACUGGCUUUAUACCUCUUUUAGAAUACGCUUACACAGCCACUCUGUCAAUUAACACGGAAAAUAUCAUUGAUGUUCUAGCGGCAGCCAGCUAUAUGCAAAUGUUUAGUGUUGCUAGUACAUGCUCAGAGUUCAUGAAAUCAAGUAUUUUGUGGAAUACACCUAAUAGCCAACCAGAAAAGGGUCUAGAUGCUGGACAAGAAAAUAAUUCCAACUGCAAUUUUACUUCUCGAGAUGGAAGCAUUUCUCCAGUGUCUUCAGAGUGCAGUGCUGUGGAAAGAACCAUUCCUGUCUGCCGAGAGUCCCGGAGAAAACGCAAAAGCUACAUUGUUAUGUCUCCUGAGAGUCCUGUAAAAUGUAGCACACAAACAAGUUCCCCCCAGGUAUUGAAUUCUUCAGCUUCCUAUGCAGAAAAUAGAAAUCAGCCAGUUGACUCUUCUUUAGCAUUUCCAUGGACUUUCCCUUUUGGAAUAGAUCGAAGGGUUCAGCCUGAGAAAGCAAAGCAGGCAGAGAAUACCCGGACUUUAGAAUUGCCAGGCCCAUCCGAGGCAGGUAGAAGAAUGGCUGACUAUGUGACUUGUGAGAGCACAAAAACUACCUUGCCUCUAGGUACAGAAGAAGAUGUCCGGGUCAAAGUAGAAAGAUUAAGUGAUGAGGAGGUCCAUGAGGAAGUGUCCCAGCCUGUUAGUGCAUCUCAGAGCUCACUGAGUGAUCAGCAGACGGUGCCUGGAAGUGAACCAGUUCAAGAGGAUCUUCUGAUUAGUCCACAGUCUUCCUCUAUAGGCUCAGUAGAUGAAGGAGUCACUGAAGGAUUGCCUACACUUCAGAGCACUUCUAGCACCAAUGCUCAUGCAGAUGACGAUGACAGAUUGGAAAAUGUUCAGUAUCCCUAUCAACUCUACAUUGCUCCUUCUACCAGCAGUACAGAACGGCCAAGUCCAAAUGGUCCAGACAGACCUUUUCAGUGUCCAACCUGUGGGGUUCGCUUCACCCGUAUUCAGAAUCUAAAACAGCACAUGCUUAUCCACUCAGGAAUUAAACCGUUUCAGUGUGACUGCUGUGGAAAAAAGUUUACCAGGGCUUACUCGCUAAAGAUGCAUCGCCUAAAGCAUGAAGGUAAACGCUGUUUCCGGUGCCAGAUAUGUAGUGCCACUUUCACUUCCUUCGGGGAGUAUAAACACCAUAUGAGGGUUUCCCGGCACAUUAUCCGCAAGCCUCGGAUUUACGAGUGCAAAACAUGUGGCGCCAUGUUCACCAACUCUGGAAAUUUAAUCGUGCACCUGAGGAGUCUGAACCAUGAAGCAUCAGAGCUAGCAAACUACUUCCAGAGCAGUGAUUUCUUAGUACCGGACUACUUAAACCAGGAGCAAGAAGAGACCCUUGUUCAGUAUGAUCUCGGAGAACAUACUUUUGAAAGCAACUCUUCUGUUCAAAUGCCUGUGAUUUCACAGGUCUCCUCAACCCAGAAUUGUGAAAGCACUUUUCCCCUGGGGUCUCUUGGUGGGCUUGCAGAAAAGGAGGAGGAACUGCAAGAGCAGCCAAAGACCAGUGCUCAUGCUGAGGCUCCCAGAGAUGACCCCCCCAAGGCAGAGCUAUCUUCUAUAACUAUUGAGUAAUUCUGUGAUUGGCCUGGGUUUUGGUUUUUUGGAAAGUGCCUGUGCUUGGUCUCACAUCUUUAAAUUUAAUUUAAUUUUUUAAAGAAGAGUUCCCUUUGUAAGCCCUGAAACUGGAGGGUUCUUUGUUUUGUUUUGUUUUUUCAUAGCUGAGAGAUUGCUUCUGUAUGUAUACAAUAAGGUAACAUUGAAACAGAGCAUACACUUUGAGACUUAAGGAAAAUCAGCUGACUUAGAACAUGGCAGUUCUUCCUCCCAUUGUUAAAAGUGGGCAGCAGCAGAUGCAAAAGGAAUCAGGUUGUUGUUGACCUUCCUGAGAAAGAGGGCUAAUGAGAAGUUACUAAACAAGUUGACAAUGCCUAAGUGAAUGUUUACUCCUAGAUGCAGGGUGUUAUGAAGCCUGUAGUUUUGGAAGUAUUUACGGUAAUUUUCAGAUGAAGGUAAAUAACUUCUGAAAUCCAGUAUAUUCAUUUUUAAGCCAUUUUGAAUUUUUAUGGUGAAAAAUUAGUAUCAGGCAGGCAUUUCCUGUACCUUUAUAAUACCACUCCAAAGGCUAAGAGGUGUGAUUGAGAAGAGUCAGGCUGUGCAUGGAAUGGCAGGGUACAGAACGAGGUACGUAUACCCAGCUUUUCAAGAACUCUCUUCAGACCGUUUCUCUUCCUGGUCAUUGAAUGCUGACACCUGGCUAACUAGGACAUUGCUCAGAGAAGUGUCCUCGUGCCCCACCAACAGCACUUUCACUUGCAUAUACUAUUGUGCUGCCAUAUAAAAGAAAAAUAUUGAAGAUAUUCUAUAUUUUAUAUAUAGGUUUAUGUAUUGUUGAGGAUGUUAAUGCUGUGCUGUUUUGGACAAAAUAAAAGAAUUCUGUUUUGAGGCUACGUUCUUAACCCAAUUAAGAUUGUUUACAAGAUCACGUAUGACAACAAUAUAAUGUCCUUAUUCCAAAAUAUUUUGAGGUAUUGCCAAGUUUGUUAAAAAGCAGCUAUUAUAGUUUUCACAGGAUGUAAGCAAUAAUGUGAAAGAUAAGAAGAGGUUGUAAAAUGAUCAUCUGUGACUCAGAAAUUGGAGGAGGGAUUGUUAAGACUAGAAUCUAAAAACUUUGCUACUCAGAUGAUAACAUUUAUAUGAUACUCUAGAUUGGGAUAUACUUUUUUUUAUCUGCUGCCAUUAAUGCCUCUUCGAUCUGAAAUAUUCAUGAAUCCACAAAUAAUGAACUUUUGUGUAAUUUUUUAUAUAGAAAAUAGCCCCAGCGUCUGUCAUUAUGAUAGCCCCUGAUGAGGUUAGAAGACAGAAACAAUGGGUUGUUUGGUUGUUUGUUUGACUUUGGAUGUUACUGUUUGUUUUGUGACAGGCUCAUAGGUAGCCCAGGUUGGUCCAGACUCACAAUCCUCUUGCCCCAGUUCCCUCACAACCCUUGCUAACAUCAUAUAUUAUAGACAUAUCACUACACCCAAUUCGAACUAUAGUCUUAGUCAAACACAUGAUCUGACUUUUAUCCCAAUGCCAGACCUUACUUUUUAUAUUAUAGUAAUUUGUUUCUUUAUUAAUUCUGCAAUUUAAUUUCUAUCUCUGUCCUUUUUUCUUCUUAAUACUGAGAAUUGAACCCAGGACUUUGUAUCUUAUGAGCACAUGCUCUGUCACUAGAUACAACGCCUCCCCUUAUUUCCAGUUCUCUCCCUGACUCAUGAGCUUAUUUGCUCCCAAGCAUAAGUGUGUGACUUUCAGAAAAAUCAACUAGAAAAGUCAGUAAUUUUUAUUUUAUUAUCAUAUAUGAUCUUUGAAAAUUGUGCCUACUAAUAAAUAAAUCCUAAAACUCAUUAGAAUCAUAUUUUAGUAUGGUAAAUGUUCUUGGUUCUAAAGUAGGUUGUUUUGUUUUUAUUUUGUUAAGAGCUAGAAAAAAAAGAAGAAAGAAAUAAGAGUAAAUUAGAGAUGAAUUGAUUUGGAGAAGUCUUGAGAUUUUGGUUGAAAGUGUUUCAGUACACCCUAUCCUAAGAGUUCUGGUAGCCUCCCUGCGAAGAACAUGCCUCACUAUGGAUUUUCAUUACUAGUGACAAAUCUUGUAGCCAACCUUAAUGAGAGAUUUGAAUAUACUAUGAAUACACAAAUGGUAGUUGCCUACUUCCCAAAUCUUUUUGAUAAAGUUACCUGACCAGUGUUUAAUAUAAAAUGUUACAAAGGCCUUUUUCUGUUCGAAUGAGACUCUCUCUACAUUUUUGAGGACAUUUUGUUUAUGGGUCUGUUAUAGGAAAUACAGCUGCAAGAGAUAAUUACAUAUAUAGUAAUAUUUAAAGUUGAUUUAAGAGAGGAAUGCCUAAAUGUAUAGUUUUCAUCAGAACAUAAGGAAAACAUUGUGAAGAGAUGAAAUCUGUUAUAUGAUCCCAUCAUAAAAAUCGCCAGGGUAACUAAAUAGAGAAGCAUUCUUUUUAGAAUAUUUAAAGGUCUUUUGUAAGGCCUGGGAGGGUAACUUUGUGAUAACUAAAGGGCUUAAAUUUUAGAAUGCUAGAUAAGUUACUAAGCAUUUUAUAUAAGAAAAGCUUUGUUUUCAGGUUUUUUUUCCAACUACCAAAUAGGCUGUGCUCUAGAGGUGAAGGUCUCACUUUGUUGUUAGGAGUUGUGGCUCCUCCCGUCACUCUUUGCAGUUCCAGACUCUAGCUUCAUAGUAUCAUGUCAGUAAGUCCCUAACUCAGAAAUGGAUGGAGAUAAAUGCUAUUAUUCACAAAUAUGUGAGCUUCUCUUAAUUGGCCAUUUUAAACAGUUCUAAUUUUUUUUUGUUUUUGUU